AUGGCCUCUACGAAGCGCAUCGCGAAGGAAUUCGCAGACUGCACCACCGCCCCACCCCCGGGCAUCUCCAUCACCCUUCCCUCCGACGCCGACCUGCACACCUGGCACGUCACCGUGACGGCGCCCCCUAACUCGGUCUACGCGCCAGGCCGCUUCGGCCUGAUCCUCAAGAUGCCGACCGAAUACCCCUUCAAGGCUCCGACCAUCAACUUCACGACGCGCAUCUACCACCCCAACAUCACCAACGACUCGCUGGGCAACAUCUGCCUGGCGCUGCUCAAGUCAGAAAACUGGAAGCCCUCGAGCAAGAUCAUCAACGUGCUCGAAGCCGUGCGCAACAUACUGGUGGAGCCGAUGCCGGACGACCCGCUCGAGCAGCGCAUCGCGGACGAGUACCGGCGGGAUCGGCCCGAGUUUGAGAAGAAUGCGCGGGCGUACGUGGAAAGGUAUGCCAAGGGGACGGUGAACUUUGUACAGGGUCCGGAUCCGAAGGAGGAUAAGAGCAAGAGCAAUAACAACGACAAGAAUAGUGGUGCUGGUGCUGGUGCUGCUAAUCCUGGUCGCGCUGCUGCUGGUAGGCAAGGAGGUUCUUCUGGCUCGUCAUCUCGCCCUGCUCCUCCUCUAUAG